AAGAGCUGAUAAAACUGUGUAAGACUACUAAUAAUGCAAUGGAAAAGAUGGAAUUUUGAAUAAGAUUUUAUAUCCUUUUUUGGAUUAUUUCAAUGCAGUUUGAACGAGCAAUGGCUGGCGGCGACUUCGACUGCGAUACGGAGCUCUGCCUCACUCCCGGCGGCGGCCGACAGAGAAGCAAUACUGGUUUGAUGAGAAGGGCGGAGAGAUCAGCCGCCGUAGAUAUCGCCGCCGGCGAGAAGCCGCCGGAGAUGACGAUGUUGUAUGGAGGUCAGGUCCGCGUUUGCGAUGUUACUGAAAUACAGAUGCAGGCUAGGGCGAUACUAUGCAUGGCAAGAAGAGAGAUGAAAGAGAUGAUGGGGAGCAGCAGCAAUUCAUAUUUGCAAGCCGGCUCAACAUGGUCUGAUGCAUCGCUGCCACCAUUUAAGGAACCUCUGCUACUGAUUAAUCCUGGGCUGUCGAUGAAGAGAUCUUUGCAACUUUUUUUACAAAAGAGAAAGGCUAGGAUUUGUGAUCACAUCCCUUAUUAGCCUUAAAAGACAUGUAACUUGUAUCAAGAGGUUGUUGUUUCUUCUUCUUUCUCUUUAGGUUCUGAAAUAUAUCUCUCUCCUUAA